AGCCGUUGUGGCUCAAGCUAUUUUGGCGCAAGGUGUCCUGGACAAUAGCUACUCCGCCCAGCCUAGCGCCUGCCAGGCUGUAUAUAUCUGUCACCGCACCGUGCUUCCAUAGACGCGCCUCCAGAUGGCGAUGAUGUCUAAGGUGGUGUUCGUUUGCCUCGCCGUCGCUGGCAACGCUGUGACGAGGGAUUUUGGACUCGGGGACGAGCUCGAGGAAGCGGUCGAGAUCGACCAGGACCAGCUGUUGGGCCACCUGGAGGACCUGAACUUCGGGACGAGCCUGGAGGGCAAGCCCAGCAAGAGGCAGAACUCGGAGCGGGCUCGCCGGAGGAAAACGGAGAACUUGACUUCGGCCUUGGACGAGAUGAUUCCAGUACUGGAGGCAGACUUCAAGUCUAAGACGCAGCAUCUCAAGAUGGCGCUGGCCUAUUUCAAGGAGAAGCAGCACGACAUGGACGUGGCGAGGAAGGCGGCGACCGAUGCCAUGAAGGCCCUCCGCCAGGAGGCCGACAAGCGCCGCAAGAGCGCGGCCGACCGCAAGGCGGCCAAGGACAAGGAACGCCUCGCGAUCCUGGAGGCGAAGCGGGCCGCCAAGGAGGCGAUGGUCAAGAAGGCGCAGGCCCUCAUGGGCGCGAAGGGUCACGAGGAGAUGGAGGGCUACCUGGGUCCCGUCUCGUUGGGGAUCAUGGUCGACGUUCUCAUGUCCUUGCCCAACGCGGUGGAGAACCCGAUCUUCAUGAAGCGCCUGGGGAAGGCGAAGGAUCAGAUCGCGGGGUCCAUCCAGGAUUUCCUCAACAUCACUCGGCGCAAGACGGCAAAGUUCGUGCUGGCGAGCAGCAAGGCGUCAGACGUUGAGCUCUCGUUCCUCAUGGCGCGCUUCUUCCACGAGGCAUCCUUCCGCGUCAAGGCAAUGCAGUCAGAUGGGGAGAAGGUUGCCAGGGACCUCAACGUCGUGAUGCCUAGGGAACUGCGGCAGAGCUUCCUUCCCAUCGUAAAGCAGCUGCGGUCGCAGGCACUCCCGCUGCGCGUGAACGCGAGCUCUCUUGCGAGCUCGACGUUGGCCGAGGCUUGCUCGCAGAUAUCUGACCUCAUGGCCAACAUUAGCAAUUAUAAUACCAAGCUCAACUCGCUGCACUCCGCUCUGCACAACGUCUGGCAGAUUUCUGAGCUGAUGCUGCCCCACAUGAGCAGGAUCUACCCACUGAAAACGGCGACCAUCGACACUGUCAAAGACUUCAUGUCCUUGGCAACCACUCAGACUGCUGGUCUUCAGGAGGCUGCAGACGAGAUCGUGACGAACGUUGGCCCUGUCGUCUCCGAGCGAAUGCAGUGCACGUGGAGCGCUGCAAGCACGCCCUAUAAUAUUAGCUUCGUCACUUUUCUGGCUGCCUUGGCCAGUUAUUUCUUCCUUUAGGGCCCGUCAGCUUGUCACGCUCACCAUGCAUCCGGAGCCCGCCACAUUCACACACCUUGGCGAGUGCAUCGGCGCUUUUUUGGGGCGCCAGCAUAUUCGCCCUGGAUUGCCAAAUGAAUGCCGCUGCCGUCUGCAAAGUACCAUCUCCAGCUCCCUCGUCUUCUUCUGCCAUGCACCCGGCGCUCUCCGCCACAGCAGCGCCACGAGUGGGGGCAGGCAAAGUGCGAGCGGGGCUGGAGGAGCUUGGGUCGCAGAGCCGUUCUCUCUGCUUCGCGGGUCUCCGUCAGACCGUCCUGGAGCCAGUGUUGGGCCCUCCGUUCUGGAGGCCUUCUGGGUGUCCUGCUGGAGGCCCCUUGAGGGCGCACUGGGGUCCUCGUGGUCCUCCUCUUCUUGAGUAAUCGAAGUUGUCAUCAUGGUCGGAGGU